CGCGGGGCUGACUCAACACCAACUUUUUAUCAUCCAGGCGCUGGCCAGCUCUUGCCAAUGUCAACAAUCCUUCAUCAUGAGUGUACGCGUGUACCGGUGACGGCGUUGGCAUCUUGUGGCGCGCUCCUCGUCGCUGCAGAAGGACCCUUUGUGCGGCUUUACCAUAAUAAAAACUCAUGUUACAUCUCGUCGCAGCGUGUUUUCAAGGCCCAAGCCGUGCAUGGCGUAUCUGUGUGUUCUGAAGAACCCGACCAUGUCAUCAGACUCAUCAUUUGGGGAGGACGGCUCUGCCGUGUUCUUGAGAUCAGUUUCGCUUCGUCCGACAUUGAGCACAUGGUUCCUCGUUUGUACAUGUCUGACGUCGCAAGAGCUCCCGACUGGAUUCUUGAUAUGGCUCCUCGCCCGGCCAACCUGAAGAACCUUUCCGAGCGUGGAACAGAUACGUGUGUUGCUAUCACGGCUCACAAUGCACUCUUGCAAUUAUCCAUAGAACGUCAGACUGAGGGUGAAGUCUCUCACAAGUCUCUGUCACUCACUAUCUUGGAACUUACUUCAAGUUUCCGGUCUAUUUUGUACUCCGCUCAUUUGCUGUGGGAUUCUGUCGAUCAAAUUCUCAUUGCUGCUGGUACCGCUUUUGGCGAGAUCAUGUACUGGUCAUGGAACAGAGGGGCCGAUACUGAACCAGUGUCUUGCAUUCAUCGUAUUUUCCUUGGUCACGAAGGUUCUAUCUUUGGUGUACAAAUCUCCAAGGAGCUUGAACCGGGGUGCGAUCAGAAGCUGAAGCGGAUCAUCGCAAGCUGUAGUGAUGAUCGUACGAUUCGGAUAUGGGAUGUUUCUGAUGUGAACCCCAAUCUCACUACGGAAGGGUUUACUGAAGAGGGCUCAGAGUCGCAAAGGACGCGUCACACCGGGCUUAGCAACGAACACGCUGAUACAGAAUCCGCUGCCAGUUCAAAUUGCCUCGCCAUUGGGUGGGGGCAUACAUCCCGUGUCUGGAUGCUUCGUUUUCCUGAAUCUUCGCCAUCUGACAAAACGAUAUGCCUAUUAUCAGCCGGUGAAGACGCAACGACUCGCUCAUGGAUACUUGUCCCGAACGACGGCAAGGUAUCGGUCUGGCCAUAUAAACUUUUAGAACUCGAUAGUGCCGCUUAUCAUAGCGGUAAGAACAUCUGGGCGGCAACAAUGUCCUCGCAGUCUUCAGCACUACAACGAGUAGUUCGCGGUGCUGCAGAUAGCAAGAUCACGUCACACCCCCUGGUUCGUUCGUCUCAAAACACACCGGGGGGUAUGGGUAUCAGUGUUAACCAAUAUACUGUAUUAGAUGUGCUAUCCAUGGCACAGUCACAAGCCCCAAACCAUAGCCAAGAAGCGGACUUCAACACACAUACAUCCUCGAAGAAAGCCGACAUCUUCAGGAGCUAUUGCUUCCUCGAUGAUGACUCUGUCUUACUUACAACCAACUCCGGAAAGGUCUUUCUCGAAAAACUGGAGUCUGAUCCGCCUCUUCGUGAACAAAGGCUUAUUACUAAUUCGACUUUCAUUGAUCAGCUUGAAGACCUAUCCGAGCACUCGGUAUGUUCAAGCGCAACUUCGCUUGGCAUAACGUUUGUCGCUGGCUCUCGAGGCAGCAUCUACUCAUUUUCCAAGAACGAUCUUGUUCUGAAAAAGCUUCAUGCAGCUAACGGGAAGGUUGCAGAAAUGUUCGUUACAGACAUCUCAUGCUCAUCAUACCGUAGAGUAGCCCUGCUCAUCACUCUGGCCGGGCCGAAGGAAUCGCAACUCCUGUACAUGGACCUUAUUCCCACUCACGGACCUGAGAUUCUCCGCAUUGUGACUAUACCUAUGACUGGGUUAGUAAAUGACUCAACAACUGCCAGUAUGUCACAUAUCGAGGCCGCUGGAGGUACGUAUGUUUGCCUUGGUUUCCGCCGUGGAUCAGUGGCAGUGUAUGCCAUUCCCGAAGACCCACCUGAAGCUAGUUCUAUCGCCUCGCCGUUCAAGGUCAUUGAAAAACUCCAUGGCAAUGAUACGGUGACUGCUUUGACUUGGGUUGGAUCAGUCAGGAACUCUUCACAGGGUCAUCUGUUCUCAGUAGGGAGGGACGGAUCCCUCGCCGUGAGUUCUUUUGACUUUACCUUACAAUCCAUCAACCUAGUGCACAAUCUCGCGCUUCCCAUUGGACCCAAGAUUGAGGGUCUAUACUUCCAUCAAGACCAUCUUCUAGUGCAUGGAUUCUCGAGCAAGCAAUGGGUGCUCUACGACGUCACAGCCGAAGAGGAGAUCAUGAGUAUUGAGACUGGAGGUGCGCACAGAAGCUGGGCUUUCCAGCCAAGCUUGUCAGCAGAGCUUGGAGGAACUCUCGUUUGGACAAGAGCAUCGAGCAUGCAUAUAUGUAGUCAGACGAGACCUACCCACGAUGUUAUUCGAUCUGGCGGACAUGGACGCGAGAUCAAGGCGGUUGCAGUAUCGUCACCGAAGGGUAGUGGAGAGGCUUUGUGUCAUCUUAUCGCCACUGGCGCUGAAGAUACGGACAUCAAAAUCUUCCAGUACAUUGGUGGAGAUCUCAUCUGCCGAAGAACACUACGAAGGCAUACUACUGGCAUUCAACAUCUGCAAUGGUCAGAAGACGGCGAGUAUCUCUUCAGCGGCGGCGGGCGCGAAGAAUUUUACAUUUGGAGAUUCCGCAAGUUACCAUCGUUUAUGGACAUAGGCGUUGUCUGCGAAUUUGUGUAUGCUCCGGAAAGUGAGCAUUCGGACCUGAGGAUUAUGUCUUUCGAUGUGACGAGGCGCAAUGCCGGAUAUGAUGUUGCGAUGGUGUUCUCGGAUUCCAAUAUCAAGGUGUACCAUUACGAUCCCACUUCUGCAACUAAGUGGCAGUCGAUUGCUCAGGGAAUAUACUUUACAUCCUGCCUCACACAGAGCAUGUUUCUUUCGCCUCGCAGUAUACUGACCGCUGGAACUGAUGGACACGUCGCUGUAUGGCCAUUAUCACUCGAAGCAAACCGAUCUUCCGCAGUCACUCCAGUUCUCACUCCAAGCUGGCCGUCUUCUGCAAGAAUUCAUCAAAGUUCCUCGAAAACCAUGAUCUCACAUACACUAAAUGACGGUAGUAUACUUGUCGUGUCUGGCGGCGACGACGGCGGCCUAGCUUUCCUGCGCGUGCAAUCUGACCCGUCCUCGCCGGACAUAUCCUAUACAUCUCCACCAGUACUUGUUUGCCGCGCUCACGCUUCUGCAGUCACCGCAUGCGCUAUUCUCGGCCAUGAGUCUCGAGUCUUUGUCCUAACAUCAGGAAACGAUGAGUGGGUCCGAGUGUGGGAAGUGUGCCAACGCCCCGUAGAGACAGACCGUUCGUAUGGUACCGAAGACCAACUAUCUAUCAAGCGUCUCAUGAAGGUCAAGACCAAUGUUGCCGAUGUGUCCAGUAUGGCCGUUUUACCUACGGGUGCCGGUAGCUUGGACGCAAGGGUGCUGAUUUGUGGUGUUGGGAUGGAAGUCAUACGCGUGGAAUGGGAUAUGUAGUGGACACAGAAGCGACGUGUAGACCAUGUUGAAACAUAUAUAUUCCAAUGAACGCUCUGCAGGAGUGGUCGAUCACUUUUGCAUGUUCGACAGACC